AGCCUCGUUCUUCGCCUCAGAAGACCUGAGGCGAGCGAGCGAGCGAGACCGGACCGCGAGGAGGUGCCGUCUCCUCCGGAAUUUCCCGCUUCCUGGGUGUCGAGGGCUCGGCGGCGAUGGAGGCGGAGAUGCGGCGGUGCCUGCUGGCCUCCCUCCUGCCGCUGCUCUUGGUGCUGCUGCCUCCGCCGGGCGCCUCGGCAUUCGCCACCGCCUUGGACAGCGACUUCACUUUCACCCUGCCCGCCGGCCGCAAGGAGUGCUUCUUCCAGAGCAUGCAGAAGGAGGCCUCUCUGGAGAUCGAGUAUCAGGUUCUCGAUGGAGCAGGUUUAGAUAUUGAUUUCCAUCUAUUAUCACCAAAAGGUGAAGCACUAGUUUUUGAACAGAGAAAAUCGGAUGGAGUCCAUACGGUGGAGACAGAGGAUGGUGACUAUAUGUUCUGCUUUGACAACACAUUCAGCACUCUGUCAGAUAAGGUGAUUUUCUUUGAACUGAUAUUGGAUAACAUGGGAGAUGAAGAGGAAGAUUGGAAGAACUAUAUCACUGGCACAGAUCUUCUGGAUAUGAAGCUAGAAGAUAUUCUGGAAUCGGUCAACAGUGUGAAGUCCAGGCUAAGCAAAAGUAUCCAUAUUCAGACCCUGCUCAAAGCAUUUGAAGCUCGUGAUAGAAACAUACAAGAAAGCAACUUUGACAGGGUAAACUUCUGGUCCAUGGUCAACCUUGCAAUAAUGGUGGUGGUGUCAGCUGUCCAAGUUUACAUGCUGAGGAGUCUUUUUGAAGAUAAAAGGAAAACUAGAACAUAACACCAGUGUCUUAAACAGGGGAAAUGCAAUACACUGCUAAAGAAAAAGGAGAUUGAUGUUUCUUCCCAGCUUGUUUUGAAUGAACAGUUUUUAACAUUCGUAUGUGACUUUUUAAUAUGAGCAGAAUGCUUUUCUUUGCUCCAAUAAAUUGCAAUAACUUGGUUUAUUAAGAUGGUGGAUAACUUAAAACUUGCCUGAAUCUCCUCAGCCAUCUAUACUGCACAAUUUUUUUUUUGCAACAAAUUGAGAUUUUAUAUCUACCAAUAUUUGAUACUAUGUCUUAAUGACUGCUAGCCUAAAGGUAAUAUUUUAAAAAGAAAAAAGAUUCAUGAAGUUAUGAAUUGAAUUGUGUAUUUCGUAUUUGAGUCCUGCCUUGGAUAUGUCAGUUAAAUGGAAUAUUUGCUACGGCAAACUAUGCUGUUAUUUCGACAAUAUUUUUAAAUGGGUGUAAGUGAAGACUCUUGUGCCUUAUUUGUACUAAUUAACAAACUUAUGCAACAAAAAUUAACUGGCAUCUAAAAUGUAUAUUGCUUCCAAAUUCUUUAAUUUUCCUCACUUUGUGAAUUAAUUUUAAGUUCAGAUCAGGGUUUGUUUGUUUGUUGUAGCUAGCCUUCAUAAUUCAAAACUGCAAAAACACAAACUCAAGAGUGCUGAAAGGCACCAGCUUUCACCUCUGGAUUAUUUAUGUAACACGAACCCUGCAAGUGCCUAGGCAUAUUAGCAACCAGUUUUGAGGCCAUGUAGCCACUUACAUGCAUACAUGUUUGUAAAAGGACUCAUUAUACCCAAUUUGGGGGACUUUGUGAAUCGCUUUUAUUCUGCCACACAAAUUAAUAACAUUUGAGUUUUUUAUACACAGGCACAUCUAAUGUGUUUCAAACCAGGUUUACUAUAAUGGCACAUUCCCCUCAUACACCAGAGGGGUGGUCAACCUGUUGCUUUGCCAAUGUCUCGCUCCCAUUAGCUACAGCCGGUAUACUCCAUUGUUAGAGAUAACAGGAGUUGUCAUACAGCAACAUUUAGAAGGCUAGAAUUCAUAGCUGUCAACGUUUCCCUUUUUUAAAAAGGGGAAUUCCCUUAUUCCGAAUAGGAUUCCUCGGAGCAAAAGGGAAAAGUUGACAGCUAUGCCCUAGAUACUGUAGUUCUGAUUAUGUGAGAGAGGAUGGAGAUAGAAUGCUCCAGUUUUCAUGGUUACUGGGUAGGGUAGCUGAAAUUGACUUACAGCUAAAAGCCCAGUUUACCUUAUUGUGAUUUUUAAAAAACAGCAAGUUUUCACUUUUAAAUUUUAGCUUGAAAAUUUGAAUUUACAACUUAAAAAUAGCUGGGAAAUUUGCACUGUGAUUUAUGAAUACAAACCCAGAAGCAAAUCCUAUUAUGCAGUGGAACUUGGUUCCUAGUUAAUGGGCUAAGGGUUACAGUGUGAGUUUCCAAACUUUGAUUAAAGCAGUUAACAGUUGCUCAUCAAAAUGCCGUGCAUGUUUGGAGAAUAGCACACAACCUCCAUGUCAUUGUUUGCAUCCUGAGAUGGCUCCUAUGGCUGUAAUCCAGCAAACCUGGAUGUCCCAAACUGAUUUCUGAACGUUUGUGUGUGUGUGUAUAUAUAUAUUCCAUGCUUAGCAUGGUUAACAUGCUUUUUUUUUUGCUUGAAACUACACAAAUAACACGUCAGCUGCUGAAGUUGAUAUGCAGAUAUUAAUUCAAUUCCCAUUAUGCUAAGCAGCUUAUGUGGGGUAAGUGUAGAAAUGCAUCUCAAACAUAGCUCAAGGUUUUGAACCACCAGGUAAUGAUUCUUGUGAACUUGAACCUAUUUUUCAACAGUAUUAGAUGUCACAUACUUUUGCCAUAAAGUUAAUACUGGUGUGGCUAAUGAUACAUAAAUGGUUACCAGUUUAUAAAUGUAUAAACUAUUAUGCGAACAUAUAAGCAUAUUAAGUUACAGGUAGCAGACCAAGUAGUUAUUUACAGCUGCUACAGUGGUAGCAUCUAUGCUUAUCCUCUUCUGCCCAUAUUCAUAUUUUUUACAUACCAAUGGUUCAAAUAAUUGGGCUGAUUUAAAUGAGACUUAGUACUAGUGACCCAUAGCUAUACAUUUUGAGGCUGCAGCAAUGGGAUGUCUAGCUGGCUGUAGUUAUCUACUAAAUAUCAGCAGAAACAACGUCUUAAAGCCAAUUAUAUGAGAAUUAUUCCCAAUUUGAGGCAACAUAGUAUUAAAUAUACCAUGCAAAUGUGGAUGCCAAGGUUUCAAAAUAUACAAUCUUUUAGCACUGUAAUGUUAAAAAGUAUCUUCGCCAAAAAGCUGUGACUAAGCCUUCUACCUCUCAAUUUAUGCUAAUGCCAAUUGAUUGGUCCUUUACAGUUCUGGUUUCCAACAAAACUUUAAAUGUAUAUAAAAUAGGGUGAUAACCAACUGCAUCGUACCCAUUCUCAGUCAUCCUCAGUAGACCCAGGGAACUUAAGUUAGUCGGAUACCAUCCACAUUGCUGGGGACUUAACAAGUUGCCUACUAUGGCACUCAUGGUUGUGCUGUACAUUUUCAUAAUGCUGCAGAAUAGUGUGUGCAAUUCUACAGGUAAGAAUGAACACAGCAGUAAAAAUGAACACGGCGGUAAAUGGAUAAAUUUCUGGCUGUGAAAUGGAUUUAAUAAAGGAAUUCUAAACUUAA